CGCAUAAAUUGAAGCUCGCCGGUCGCGGAGGCUGUAAAUUAUGCACCGUGCCGGCGCAUGGAGAUAGGCUACGUCUCGUCUAGCGCGCAAGAUCUCGCUUCCUCUUCUUAUUCUUCCCCUUCCUCCUCUUCCUUGCCCGCUGGCUUAGCAUCCAUGCCCACCCGCGCCGUUAAAAUCAUUCCGUUGCAGCAUCCGGAAACGACGUCGUUCGCCGGAGAUUCUUCGGUUUGGUCUAAUGCUCUGUUCUCUGGAUGGGUCUCCAAGAUUAAGCGGAUGACGGCUGUUGAGUGGAUCGACCUGUUCCUCCCUUGCUGCCGGUGGAUUCGUACCUACAAAUGGCGGGAGUACUUGCAGCUCGAUCUCAUGGCUGGUAUCACCGUCGGUGUCAUGCUCGUCCCGCAGGCAAUGUCAUAUGCAAAAUUAGCUGGACUUCAACCAAUAUACGGGUUAUAUUCUGGUUUUGUGCCAAUAUUUGUUUAUGCUAUAUUUGGGUCCUCUCGCCAGCUUGCUAUUGGUCCCGUGGCAUUGGUUUCUCUCCUGGUAUCCAAUGUUUUAGGUGAAAUUGUUGACUCAUCUGAUGAAUUAUACACAGAACUUGCAAUUUUGUUGGCACUGAUGGUUGGAAUCCUGGAAUGCAUGAUGGGCCUCUUGAGGCUUGGAUGGCUCAUUCGUUUCAUCAGUCACUCUGUGAUUUCUGGCUUCACAACAGCUUCAGCCAUCGUGAUUGCAUUAUCCCAAGUGAAGUAUUUCUUGGGGUAUGAUGUUGUAAGGAGUAGCAAGAUUGUGCCAUUAAUUAAGAGCAUAAUAUCUGGAAUAGAUAAGUUUUCUUGGCCCCCUUUUGUAAUGGGAUCUGUCAUUCUUGUGAUAAUUCAGGUCAUGAAGCAUUUGGGAAAAUCAAGGAAGUGCCUGCGGUUCUUACGAGCAGCAGGUCCCCUAACUGCAGUAGUUUUGGGUACAACUUUUGUGAAAAUAUUUCAUCCAUCUUCUAUUACUUUGGUAGGAGAGAUACCUGAGGGGCUUCCAAAAUUUUCGAUUCCUAAAGGUUUUCAGUAUGCAAAGUCCUUGAUUUCAACUGCACUUCUCAUCACAGGUGUAGCCAUCCUGGAAUCCGUGGGGAUUGCCAAAGCAUUGGCUGCUAAAAAUGGCUAUGAGCUUGAUUCAAAUCAAGAGUUAUUUGGUCUUGGUGUUGCCAAUAUAUUUGGUUCAUUCUUUUCAGCAUAUCCAACAACAGGAUCCUUUUCCAGGUCAGCUGUGAAUCAUGAGAGUGGAGCAAAAACUGGCUUGUCUGGAAUUGUAUCAGGUCUUAUAAUGGGCUGUGCUCUUUUGUUCUUGACACCAUUGUUUGAAUAUAUACCCCAGUGUGCUCUGGCUGCAAUAGUAAUCUCAGCUGUUAUAAGUCUGGUGGAUUAUGAAGAGGCCAUUUUCUUAUGGCGUGUAAACAAGAAAGAUCUUCUUCUUUGGACUAUCACUGCUACUACGACAUUGUUCCUUGGAAUUGAGAUUGGUGUCCUUGUUGGGGUUGGUGUAUCACUUGCUUUUGUUAUACAUGAAUCAGCAAACCCUCAUAUUGCAAUAUUAGGGCGUUUACCAGGUACCACUGUUUACAGAAACAUUAAGCAGUAUCCUGAAGCAUAUACUUACUAUGGAAUUGUUAUUGUUCGUAUUGAUGCACCUAUCUAUUUUGCAAACAUAAGUUACAUAAAAGACAGGUUACGAGAAUAUGAAAUUGCUGUUGAUAAAUCUUUUAGACGAGGACCUGAAGUUGAAAGAAUUUAUUUUGUGAUUUUAGAGAUGGCACCGGUCACAUAUAUAGACUCUAGUGCUGUUCAAGCUCUAAAAGAUUUGUAUCAAGAAUAUAAAUCACGGGAAAUCCAGAUAGCCAUCUCCAAUCCAAACCGGGAGGUUCUUCUAACUUUGUCAAAAGCUGGAGUGGUAGAGUUAAUUGGCAAGGAAUGGUACUUUGUGAGAGUGCAUGAUGCAGUUCAAGUUUGCCUUCAGCAUGUGGAGAGCUUGAAUGAAACUUCAAAAACGUCAAAUCCAUUACCUGGAGACAGGCCAAGUUUCUUGCAGAGAUUACUCAAACACGGAGAAGAGAGUAGUUCAUCAAGUUCUGACUUGGAGUCUGGAAAUAAUGUGCGUUCAGGUUCAAAGAACAUCGACCCUAGUUUGGAGCCUUUGUUGCCUCGGAAAUCUUGAAAUUUGCCAUCUUCUUCAGAGAUUAUUUUGAUGCCAGGUUUUUUUUGCAAGGCAUUUCCAGUACACAUAAUUCAGUUGUUCCAACUGUAUAAAUGGACUAUAGUAAUUCAUCAGAAAGAGAACUAGAUGUUAUAAAGGGGUGUGUAAAAAAGAAAUGUAAUUAGGGAUUAAAGAUAAUUGGGUUUGUUUGUAACAGUAUCUUGAUAGGAUUUGCAUUGUAAUCCCAGACCUUUUAUAUGAGCAAUAAUUUCUUGUAGCAAUC